CUAGAGAGUGUUGGAGAAUUUUAAAACUACCUUGACCCUGCUGAACACCUAAAGAUGUGUUUUUAGGAAUGGGACAAAACCACUUGAAACUUUUCAUCACCUGGUUUCCUCAUUCUCAAAAUGUCAUAGUGUUGGGAGGAGAAAUGGAAUUGAAGAUAAAAGAUUGACUGAACCAGCUUUUUCUGGUAUGCACUGCAGGUCUGCGAUGUUGGCUAAAAAUGGAUGAAUUUAAAAAAAUGAAGAUGAAAAGACACACAAUGAAAAAUGUUAAGUUCAUUGUCUGUGCAGUGAAAUAAAAGUCAAAGGAAAUUGAAGAAUAACUGCUUCUUGUUCUUUAAGUGAUUUUUUUGUACUUUCUCAACUUAUUCAAAUUCAGGGCAGAUAAGAUUAAAUAAGACGAAACAACUGAACAAAGGUAGUAGAAUUAAAAACACUUGAGUUUUUGAAGAGGAAAAUAAUCAGUGUUGAUUAACGUCAUGUGGAUAAAGAAAGCGCUGUUAUAAAUUAAAUUAAUUAAUAAACAGAACAGUUUUAUUUCCACGUCGACUACCGUCUUUUCUCCUGUAGAUGGCGGUAACACGCUGAUAAGACCCGGAUGAGAAGCAGCAGCAGAAGAAGAAGCGUUUCCGGUCUGUUUGUUUUGGUCUGUUGUCCUGGUAGCAGAGGUUAGCUUACUAUCUUAGCUUCAACUAAUCAUGUCAGCCGCUGAGGACGACACGGAGCUGAGGGACCUGCUGAUCCAGAACCUGGAGAACAGCGGAGUUCUUAACAAGCUGAAGGCAGAGAUGAGGGCAGCUGUGUUUCUGGCCAUGGAGGACCAGGACCGGCUGGAGAACAAAACCCCUCUCGUCAAUGAAAACCUGAGGAAAUGUCUCGACACCAAGGAUGGCCGGCUGGUGGCCAGUCUGAUCGUGGACUUCCUGCAGGUCUUCAACCUGGACUUUAGUCUGGCCGUGUUCCAGCCGGAGAUCAACUCGCUGAACGGUCUGGACAGCCGGGACCUGGUCUCCAGGGAGCUGGGUCUGAGCGAGUCGAACCUGAACCAGAAUUCUCCGCUGCUGCUGGAGCUCGUCAGGCGAGGACGACAGCAAGACAAACGGUCCGACGCUGCUGAGGGCCACAGAGGUGGAAACGUCCCGAAGGAACUGUCUCAGAAACAGAUCACACAUGCCCGCAAGAGGUUUGAUCUCUACGACAAGGACCAGAGCGGCUCAGUUAGAAGAGACGAUCUAAAGAACGUCUUCAGUGAUUUGUUUCCAACAUUAAACAAGAACAUGUUGGAGAGGUUCAUCACCGAUGAGCUACGAGCUGCAGACAGACUGGUGGACUUCCAGAUGUUCCUGGAGAUGUACAGACGUCUCUUCUCUCAGUGCAGAUCUGUGGUGGUUCAGGACUCGGAUGUUAGCGGACCUCAACACCAGUUUCCUGAAGACAAACUCACCGCUUCACCUGUCAGCAAGAUUCCCAGAUAUAAAGGCCAGAGGAGUCAGACAGCAGUGAAGGACUCAGCUCCAGUGCCCUCUCUGGGUAAAGACGACCUUCAGCAGCAGACGUCCAACAACAGAACCUCCACCUCAGCUGUGAGCAAGGAGCAUCUGGACCUGGACCUGGAGGCGGAGGAGGACCUUGAUGAGGGAGACUCGUUCUUCGAUGACCCGCUGCCCAAACCGCAGAAGACGUAUGGCGGUCAGAACUGUCCGGUCGGAAAAAAGGACUCCGCAGAGAGGACGGACGUUCCCGAGGAACCGGUCCAGCUGAGUGAGGACGGUGUCUCUGGACCGGUCGUCUCCUCCAUGAGACGAGGCAGAAGUCUGAGCGAUCUCUCUGUCCUGGCUUCUGCUGAUGAUCCUGGCUCUGAUCCCGGUCUCAGCUCUGAGUCCAGGAAGGUGGACACACCUGGAACCAGAGGGAGUCCUGCAGGAUCCGCGUCUGAGGCUCAGAGACCAGGAAGAGGAGGAAGCAGUGCCUCAGAACUGAGCCACAGCAGAAAUGGAGCGUCAAGAGACAAAGGUUUCCGAGCUCUGAGCGACAGGAUGGGAUCGCUGCAUUUAGAUGAUGACGUGGAAUAUGACGACGACUUUAACAGCCACCGAUCGGACCUCUCGAAGAGCGAGCUGAGCAUCGGAGAGGAGAUCGAGGAGGUUUCUAUCGAGGGUCCGGACCACAGCGAUAAGUAUGAUGGAAGCACACAGGACCUGAGCAUCUCUCAGCUUAGUCAGAGUCACGGCGCAGACUACAUGGAGGAUGUAGCCUGAAACUCCCAUCGUGCACCUCUCUGUCUGACAUUGUUAGUCUGUACAGUUUAACGAGACUAUAAACGGUUUGUUGCUGUCCAGCGCAGAUCGGUCUGUCUGCUCGGCUCUGCUAUGGCGUUACAUCUCUACCAAAUAGCUUGAGGGAGCGUAUUUAUCAAUUCAACCGUGCUUUUCUUAAUCAAGAGAGCACAUUGCUCUGAUCGCAGGAGUUUUUAAUCAAUCGUGGGUCGUGAACGCAGCACAGCGAGCUUAAAACACGCCCCCCACUCAUCUUUACGGUUGGCUGUUCUUCUUCUGUUUUUACGCAGAGUCCCGGUCCUGAUGUAUACAUAUUAACCUUCACCUCUGUGUUGUUUUUAUUUCCUAAACUGUUAUUUAAAACCUUCCUGGUGGUCCCAUAAGAUUUUCGCUUAUUUUCAGUUUAAACUGUCAUGUUUGUAAAUGUUUCUGUACCUUGAUGCAAUAAAGUUGCACCAAGCUCUUAAAACAUAAUGAAUAGAAGAAAUAAAUAAAGCGAAGUCCUGCGCUGUCACCAGAUUUGAGCUUAAAAUCCUGCCAAUCAGAUUAAUCAAAGAGUUACCUCCCCCCACUGACAGACACGCCCACCCAACUGUCCAGACGAGGGGGGGGCGUGUUUUAAGCUCGCUGUGCUGCGUUCACCACCCGCAAUUGAUUAAAAACUCCUACGAUCAGAGCAAUGCCCUCUCUUGAUUAAGAAACGCGCUGUUGAAUUGAUAAAUACGCUCCCUGAAGGUAUUUGGCUGAGAUGUAAGGCCAUAGUCUGUAUGGAUGUAAACUGAACCUCUAAGACAGAAUUUUUACUCCUUUUUGGGACAUUUUCUGUUUUCAGUCGCGUUGUUCUGAGUUUUCUACCCUGAUGUUGGUCCGGCGGUAUGUUUCCUUCCCAAACUUGCGGUUUUGUUUGUUCCAGGUGUUAGACACAGCUGACAUCUUUUUCUUCUCUGUGCUGAAUUCUUGAAGGAGUUUUUAUCCUUCCUGUUGUUUCCACCAUGUUUCCUGUCAGUCAACAGCUCAUUAAACUCUGCAGGAAGAUUCCAUCAUUUUUUUCCCUCUAAUUUAUUUGAAAAUGUAUAAAAUAAAAAUAAAUAUCUUACUGAAUAAAAAGCUCA